CCCCUGAACCUCUAUCUGGACAGUGCUGAUUGGCCCUGUGCUGAUCACAUGCACUCUCCCAAGAAAAUAAAAUAAAAAACUCUCUAGCAAUACACACCAAACUGAGCAUGUGCAGAGUGACUCCAUAUGAUGUCUUAUCAGGAGAUAAGAGGGGGGGCAAUGGAAGAAGGGAAGGAUCAGAGAAGUCAGGAUCAAACAGCAUUUUUACACAAUGCAGAGGAUUAACCCCUUCCAUAGUGAGUAUAACAAGCAUGCGUUACUGCAUAUACAGACUGAUUUUACUGUUGUGGGUUUAGUAACACUU